CAGAGGCUUGGGGCAGCCGGGCUGCGACGAGGCCGCGGCGCACCGAGCGAGUGGAGCCGGCGGCGGCGGCGGCGGCGGCGGCGGCGGCGGCGCUAAGUCGGCAGACGCAGCGGCGAGGUGUACGAACCGGCGGGGUCACCAGCCAGGGGACUCCGCACUGGAAUUUGAUAUUCAUUUAUCCAGGGUUUACCCUGUUUCUUUUUUCUUAAACAUUUUUAAAACCGUAUUCUUUCCCAUUUUAAUUUAUUUUUGCUUCCCAUUCCCCGCUUAAAUCGGGCCGACCGUUUGGGGAGAUUGCUCCUUUACUCUCCCAAAUCACUUCGGAUUUUGCAAACCAGCAGAGAGAAGAAAGAGGUGGCAAGAGCUCCAGAGUGAAGUCGAGGAAGAGAGAGACGGGGUCAGAGAGCGCGCGCGGGCGAGCGAGCAACGAGAGGGACAGGGGCAAAGUGAGUGACCUGCUUUUGGGGGUGACCGCCAGAGUGCGGCGUGAGCCCUCCAUCUCGGGAUCCCGCAUCGGACCAGCAGCGCUGACGGACAGACAGACAGACACCGCCCCCCGCCCCAGCGCCCACCUCCUCUCCGGCCAGCGACCGACGGUGGACGCGGCGGCGAGCCGCGGGCAGGAGCCGGAGCCCGCGCCCGGAGGCGGGGUGGAGGGGAUCGGGGCUCGCGGCAUUGCAGUGAAACUUUUCGUCCAACUUCUGGGCUGUUCUCGCUCCGGAGGAGCCGUGGUCCGCGCCGGGGCAGCCGAGCAGAGCGGAACCGGGAGAAGUGCUACCUCGGGCCGGGAGGAGCCGCAGUCCGAGCAGGCGGAGGAGGAAGAAGAGAAGGAAGAGGAGAGGGGGCCGCGGUGGCGACUCGGCGCUCGGAAGCCGGGCUCAUGGACGGGUGAGGCGGCUGUGUGCGCAGACAGUGCUCCAGCCGCGCGCGCACCCCAGGCCCUGGCCCGGGCCUCGGCUCCGGGAGGAAGAGGAGCCCGCCUAGGCGCCGAGGAGAGCGGGCCGCCCCGCACCCUGAGUCGCAGAGGGAGCGCGAGCCGCGCCGGUCCCGGCCGGGCCUCCGAAACCAUGAACUUUCUGCUCUCUUGGGUGCAUUGGAGCCUUGCCUUGCUGCUCUACCUCCACCAUGCCAAGUGGUCCCAGGCUGCACCCAUGGCAGGAGGAGAGCACAAAACCCACGAAGUGGUGAAGUUCAUGGACGUCUACCAGCGCAGCUACUGCCGUCCAAUCGAGACCCUGGUGGACAUCUUCCAGGAGUACCCCGAUGAGAUUGAGUACAUCUUCAAGCCGUCCUGUGUGCCCCUGAUGCGGUGUGGGGGCUGCUGCAACGAUGAGGGCCUGGAGUGCGUGCCCACCGAGGAGUUCAACAUCACCAUGCAGAUUAUGCGGAUCAAACCUCACCAAAGCCAGCACAUAGGAGAGAUGAGCUUCCUACAGCACAACAAAUGUGAAUGCAGACCAAAGAAAGAUAAAGGAAAGCAAGAAAAAAAAUCAGUUCCAGGAAAGGGAAAGGGGCAAAAAAGAAAGCGCAAGAAAUCCCGGUAUAAACUCUGGAGCGUGUACGUGGUGCCGCUGCUUUCUCAGUUCCCGGAGCUUCCCUGGCCCCCAAUCCAUCUCCCGCCUGCAGGACCCCGUAACCCCGCCUCCCUCCCUCCCCGUCGCUCAGCCUCCCCUCCAGCAGCGGCCCUAGUGUCUCUCUCUCACUCUCACUGCACUAAUUGGCACCAGUGGGUAGACUUGGUGGUGGCGUUGCUGCUCCAGGGUUGGGGGUGGCUGGGGGCCAAGUGGACCUGGAGGAUUCAGGGAGGGGACUCUGGCUUGGCUGGGCACCGCCUUUCUCUCACCCACUGGGCACUGGUGGCAGGCCCAUGUUGGCACGGGUGCUGGGAACUGGUGUCCACUCACCCAACUGGUUUCCACUGCUCUAGGCUUCUGCACUUGUCUGGAAGCUGAGGGUGGUGGGAGGGCAGACGUGGUGUGAGGAAGGGGUGUGAAUGAUGUGAGGCAGCUUGUUGUUGGAGGAGGUUGGGUGGGGUGAAGCACCAUAUGGCAGCCCCUCUUCGUGGACUUGGGGCCUCUGGAGGGGAGCCCCUAGUCCAGCCCAACCCAUGGCACCGACUGGAAGUCUCUCUGUGGGGAGCCUUCUUCCUCUGGGUUGGAGGCUGUGGUGGGUCCUGC